AUGAGCUGGGCAUUGGAAGAAUGGAAGGAAGGGCUCCCUACAAGAGCUCUUCAGAAAAUUCAAGAACUUGAAGGACAGCUGGACAAACUGAAGAAAGAAAAACAGCAGAGGCAGUUUCAGCUUGACUCUCUUGAGGCUGCGUUACAGAAGCAAAAACAGAAGGUUGAAGAUGGAAAGACAGAAGGUGCAGACCUGAAAAGGGAAAAUCAAAGAUUGAUUGAAAUAUGUGAAAAUUUGGAGAAAACAAAACAGAAGCUUUCUCAUGAACUUCAAGUUAAGGAGUCACAAGUGAAUUUUCAAGAAAGUCAACUGAGCUCAUGCAAAAAACAAAUAGAAAAACUUGAACAAGAACUUAAGCGGUGUAAAUCCGAACUUGAAAAAAGCCAACAAGCUGCACAGUCUGCAGAUGUUUCUCUGAAUCCCUGCAGUACACCACAGAAACUUUUUACAGCUCCACUCACACCAAGUCAGUAUUGUAGCUGUUCCAUGUAUGAAAAUCUAAAAGAAAAAUAUAAUAAAGAAGUUGAAGAACGGAAAAGACUCGAGGCAGAGGUUAAAGCUUUGCAUGCUAAAAAAGUGAGCCUGCCUGUUCACCAAGCUACCAUGAAUCACCGGGACAUCGCAAGACAUCAGGCUUCCUCCUCAGUAUUUUCUUGGCAACAGGAAAAGACCCCCAGUCGCCUUUCAUCCAGUUCUCUGAAAACCCCACUUAGGAGAGAUGGCUUUGCUGCUUACCCUUUGGGGGAAGAAGAAGUGACUCCUGACAGAUCAAGUCUGUGGACGGGGAGAGGAGACCGCAGCAGUAGCAGCCUUUGUGAUGAUCCUCAGAGUUCUCAAGCUUUGUACCAGGUCAAAGCACAGAAUCAAGACCUAAAAAGCAAGAUGAAUGAGUUAGAACUACGCCUGCAAGGGCAAGAAAAGGAAAUGAAAGAUCAAGUGAAUAGAUUUCAAGAGUUACAACUACAGCUGGAGAAAACGAAAGUGGAAUUAAUUGAAAAGGAAAAGAAUUUGAACAAAACCAGGGAUGAACUGGUGAGAACCACAGCACAGUAUGACCAGGCGGCAAUCAAGUGUACUACCUUGGAACAAAAACUGAAGCAUUUGACUGAGGAAUUGAGUUGUCAGCGACAGAAUGCAGAAAGUGCCAAACGUUCUCUGGAACAGAAAGUCAAGGAGAAAGAAAAGGAGCUUCAGGAGGAGCUGUCCCGACAGCAUCGAUCUUUCCAAGCUCUGGACCAUGAGUACACUCAGAUGAAAACCAGACUUACUCAGGAGUUACAGCAAGCCAAACAUUCAGUCAGUGUCCUCCAGCUGGAACUGGAGAAGGUCACGUCAAUGAAACAACAGUUAGAAAGAAGUUUGGAAGAAAUUAGGCAAAAGUUCAACAGAACAGAACAAGCUCUUCAGGCGAGUCAGAUCACAGAAAAUGAGCUGAGGAGAAGCAGUGAGGAAGUGAAGAAGGAAAACAGUCUCAUUAGAAGUCAGUCUGAGCAAAGGACCAGAGAAGUCUGCCACCUGGAGGAAGAACUUUGUAAAGUCAAAGCAUGUUUGAGUGAGAGCCAGAAUUUCGCAGAAGAAAUGAGAGCCAAGAAUACCUCUCAGGAAAUCAUUUUACGAAAUCUUCAGGAAAAACUAGAUCAGCAAGAAAACUCACUAACUUUAGAGAAGCUGAAGCUUGCUUUAGCUGAUCUGGAAGGGCAGCGAGACUGUUCUCAAGAUCUGUUGAAGAAAAGGGAACAUCACAUUGAACAACUGAAUAAUAAGUUAAACAAGAUUGAGAAAGAGUUUGAGGCUUUGCUGAGUGCUUUGGAGUUAAAAAAGAAAGAGUGUGAAGAAUUGAAAGAAGAGGUAAAUCAGUUUUCUUGUUGGAAAAGUGAAAAUGAAAAAAUUAUAAGUCACGUAGAAUUGGAAAAAGAAGGCUUGCAGAGUAAAAUCAACCACUUAGAAGCCAGCCUCAAGACACAACAAAUAAACAGUCAUGACUAUAGCGAGAGAGUAAGAACACUGGAGAUGGAAAGAGAAAACCUUAGUGUGGAGAUUAGAAACCUCCACAGUAUGAUAGACAGCAAGAUGGUGGAGAUUGAGACACAGAAACAAGCCUACUUAGAAUUGCAACAAAAAGCUGAGCACUCAGAUCAGAAGCAUCAGAAGGAAAUAGAAAAUAUGUGCUUGAAAGCUAAUGAGCUCACUGGGCAAGUUGAAGUUUUGGAAUCUAAGCUUCAGUUACUGUCAAAUGAAGUAGUGACCAAAGACCAGAAGUACCAAGACUUGCAUACUGAAUAUGAGGCACUGAGGGAUUUCCUCAGAUCCAGAGGGUCUUCUCUGAUGGACAAUCAGAGAAGUUCUUUGACUUUUGAACAGCAGCCUGCAGUGAGUGAUUCCUCUGCAAAUCUAAUGGGGGAGCAAGGAAGCAUAUAUUCAGAAAAUAGUGACUGCUCUGGAGAUGGGGACCAGAGUUCCGAAAAUCUAGCUGUCUUACAGAAUAGAGUCACUUCACUUGAAAGUUCCUUGGAGUCUCAAAACCAGAUAAACUUAGAUCUGCAAAAGCGUUGUGAAGAGUUGCUACAAAUCAAAGUGGAAAUAGAAGAAAACCUCAUUAAAGCCGAGCAGAUUCAUCAAAAUUUUGUGGCUGAAACAAAUCAACACAUUGGUAAAUUACAGGAAGACUGUGCAGUUCAUCAGAAUAUUGUUGCCGAAACUUUAGCAACUCUUGAGAUUAAGGAAAAAGAGUUGCAACUUUUGAAAGAAAAAUUAGAAGCUGAGCAAACAGAGAUUCAAGAAUUAAAGAAGAGGAACAGUCUUCUUGAAGACACUCUGAAGGAGCUACAACUUUUAUCUGAAACCUUGAGCUCAGAGAAGAAGGAAAUGAAUUCUGUCAUCUUGUUAAGUAAAAAAGAUAUUGAAGAGCUAGCCCAGGCAAAUGGUGCUCUCAAGGAAGUUAAUGAGGCCUUACAGCAGGAGAAAAUGAGUUUACUCCAAAAUCAGGAGAAGAUUUCAAGCUGUAUAGCCGAACGAGAGAGAAGCAUUGAGGAGUUGUCUAGUCAGUAUAAGCAAGAAAGACUUCUGCUAUUACAGCGAUGUGAAGAAACAGAAACAGUGUUGGAAGAUCUCAGGGGAAACUACAAAACAGCACAAGAAAACAACGCGAAGUUAGAAAGCUUGCUCAGUGAUUGCACUACUCUUUGUGAGAGUAGAAAAAAUGAACUGGAACAGCUAAGGGAAGCAUUUGCAAAGGAACAGCAAGAAUUCUUAACAAAAUUAGCUUUUACUGAAGAGCAAAAUAGGAAAUUGAUGUUAGAGUUGGAGAUAGAGCAACAGACUGUGAGAUCUGAGAUUACAAACAUCAAAAACUAUUCUAAGAGUAAGGCCGAUGGCUUAAGGCAAGAAAACUUGACUUUAGAGGAAGAGCAAAAUAAGCAAAAGGAAGUUAGUGACUUACCACAUGAGAAUGAACAACUAAUGGAGUUAACACAGAGUAAACGUGAACAUCAUCUCGAGGUAGACCCAGUUGAGAACUCUAUAAAAGCAACAGAAGAUGAGAUAAAUAAGAGUAGCUCCCAGUGUCAGAUGGAUAUUGACACUAAAGACAUAUCUCCAGACAAUUAUAAGGCACAACUGGUACAACUAGAAGCUUUGAUAAAAAUUAUGGAAGAAAAGCUUGACCAGAGUGAAAAGGGGAAAAUGAAUCUGCAUCAGGAAUUACAGACAGUUAGAGGAGAGCUAGGGACCAAGAGUUCACUGGACACUCAGUUACAGGCAAGGAUUGGCCCUAAGGACUGUGAAAUAGAAGCAGAGGAAAAGUAUGUUUCAGUGCUCCGUGAGUGGUCAACAAGUCAACAGGAGGAUGCACACCUGCAGUCUUCUCUACAGACAGCACUGAACGAACUGAACGAGCUACGGAAAAUGUGUGAAGUUCUGAAGGUUGAAAAACUACAACUAGAGUCUGAGCUGAAUGAUUCACGGUCAGAGUGUAUCCUAGCAACUAGUAAAAUGGUGGCACAGGUUGAGAAGUUAGUGAGUGAAGUAAAAGUACUUAACCAUGAAAAUAUUCUUACCCAGAGUGAGCUAAUGAUAAACAUGCCAGACGUUGAAUUUCAUGAUAAACAAAACAGCACAUCUAUGUUCUUGACUCCUUUGGACAGUAGCAGUUUGUGUGAACAAAUGACGUUGUCAAGCAAAGAAGUCCGAGUGCACUUUGCUGAAUUACAGGAGAAACUCUUCUGUUUGCAAAGUGAACACAAAAUUUUACAUGAUCAGCACUGUGAGGUGAGCUCUAAGAUGUCAGCGAUGCGUUCCUAUGUUGACACAUUAAAAGCAGAAAAUUCUGUGUUGUCAAUGAAUCUGAGAACCUUGCAGGAUGACUUGGUAAAGGAGAGGAAGCCUAGAGCUGAGGAUGGCCAUAUUCGGCCACUGGUACUCUGUGGGACAGACAGCCCUAGGGUGACAAAUUUUGAAGAAGCUCCUUUCUACAAGGAAGUUUUAGAGCAAACUAGAGACACGUCUCUUAUAAGUUUAGCAAAGAAUACUAUAGUAAAUCCUUGUAACAUAGAUGAAGUGUCUAACAGUCUGGAGGAGGAGAGUCUGACUGAGAAAAAAGUCUCCCCUGCCUCUGUGAGGACUGUUGAGGAGCUUGAAGUCUUGUGUCAGAUGUACUUGGAGUCCCUCAAGAAUUUGGAAGAGAAAAUUGACAAUCAAAGGAUUAUGAAAAAUAAAGAAAUUCAAGAGCUUGAGCAGUUAUUAACUUCUGAAAGGAAAGAGCUUGGGUGCCUUAGGAAGCAGUAUUUGUCAGAAAAGGAGCAAUGGCAGCAGAAGCUGACAAACGUCACUUUGGAAAUGGAGUCCAAGUUAGCAGAAGAGAAGCAACAGACGAAGAACCUGUCCCUUGAGCUCGAGGUUGCUCGACUGCAGCUCCAGGAGUUGGACUUAAGCUCAAGGUCUUUGCUUGGCCCUGACUUGGAAAGUGCUGUUCGCGGCCAAAAUGAUAGUUAUGAUGUAAAAGAAUCCGAAGUAUAUAUUUCAGAGAUGACAGAGAAAACAGGACCAAAGCCGGACACUGAUCAGACUUGUGAUAACCAUGUUCAGCAGGACCUUUGUCUAGAAACUUCAGUCACUGAGACCGAGACUACCAGGCUCACAGGGGAGGGGUGUGACGAGCAGUCCCCAGAGACCAGUUGUGAGACAACAGCAGAAGACAAAACUCAGGACUGUUCAGAAUGCAUUUCUGAAUUGUUUUCUAGUCCUAAUGUUUUGGUACCCAUGGAUGUUCUGGAAGAUCAGGGGUCUAUCCAGCAUCUCCAUUUGCAGAAAGACACAUCAAAUGAGAAUUUGAGAUUACUGCCUGUAAUAGAGGACUGGGACAAAAAAUUCAAAAGUUUGCUAAAUGAAAUAAAAGAGGCAGAUUCAAAACUCAGUUUACAGGAAGUACAACUAAAGAUCAAAAUCGAAACAUGCAGACAACUGGAAAAAAUAGUCAAGGAUCUCAAGAAGGAAAAAUUUGACAUAAGUGAAAAAUUGGAAUCUCUUCCUUGUAACCAGGAGGAAUGUUCAAGAGUAGAAAGUUCAGAAGAUCCUGCUUGCAACUUAGAAGUGGGAGCAAAUGAAUUGCUAAGCGAAGCUGCUGAAGAUAAUGCAGCCAGCGCAGAUGAUGGUUGGAAGGAGAAGUUCUUUGAUGUGGAAGAGGAGCUGACCAGGAUCAAGUCUGAGAAAGCUGAUAUGGGGCAUCACAUCCUCUCUCUGGAAGCUAGCUUAGAGGUGGUUCAAGCUGAGAAGCUGUGUUUAGAAAGAGACACUGAAAGUAAGCAGAAGGUUAUUGUUGACCUUAAAGAAGAACUGUUUGUAGUUAUAAGUGAGAGAAACAGGCUUCGUGGAGAAUUAGAUGCUGUAUCGGAAGAAAGCAAGGCACUGGAUCAGAUGUCUAAAAAGAUGAAAGAGAAAAUAGGGGAGCUGGAGUCUCACCACAGUGAGAGCCUUCGUCAUGUGGAAGUGUUAGAGUCUGAGGUCAAGGACAAAGCAGAACUCAUUCAGACUCUGUCCUUCAGUGUUAAUGAGUUAACAGAAGACAAAGCUUGUCUCCAGGAACAGCUACAGAAUUUGCAGAGUGACUUACAGGGAUCGUCUUUGGCAGUUGCUGAGCUGGAAAUCCAAAUUGGACAACUGAAUAAAGAGAAAGAAUCACUGGUCAAGGAGGCUCAGAACUUCCAGGUCAAGCUGACUGAGUCAGAAUGUGAAAAGCAGACUGUCUCCAAGGCCUUGGAAGUAGCGCUCACGGAGAAAGGUGAGUUUGCAGUGCGGCUGAGCUCAACCCAGGAGGAGGUGCAUCAGCUGAGAAGAGGCAUCGAGAAACUGAGUGUCCGCAUUGAGGCAGAUGAAAAGAAGCACCUUAGUGCUGUGGAGAAACUGAAAGCAAGCCAGCGUGAAAAUGACUCAUUGAAGGAUAAAGUGGAGAGUCUGGAGAGGGAAUUGGAGAUGUCAGAAGAAAACCAAGAGCUAGUAAUUCUUGACGCUGAGAAUUCCAAAGCAGAGGUGGAGACCCUCAAGGCCCAAAUGGAUGAAAUGGCCAAAAGCCUGAGAGUUUUCGAAUCAGAUCUUGUCAUAGUUAGGGCUGAAAGAGAAAGUCUAACAGAGCAACUACAAAAGAAACAAAGUCGAGUAUCAGAGUUAGAUGAAUUGUGUUCUUCUUUUAGAAGUCUGUUAGAAGAAAAGGAGCAAGCAAGAGUACAGAUGGAAGAAGACUCAAAGUCUGCAGCGCUGAUGCUUCAGGUACAAUUAAAAGAACUCACUGAGGAAGUAGCAGCCUUGUGUAAUGACCAGGAAACCUUGAAAGCCCAAGAACAGAGUCUGCAUCAACCAGGGGAAGAAGUGCAUUGCUUGAAAAAUAGCAUUCAAGAGCUGAAGGUUCGCAUAGAUGCUGAUGAAAAGAAGCUGUGCCACAUCCUAGAGCAACUGAAGGAAAGUACGCAUCAUGCAGACUUGCUUAAGGAGAGAGUUGAGAACCUUGAACAACAACUGCAGCACUCAGAGGAAAACAAAGAGCAAGUGAUUCUCCAAGCUGAGAACUCCAAAGCAGAGGUACAGACUUUAAAAUCAGAAAUACAAGGAGUGGCCCAAAACCUCCAAGACUUGGAGCUAGAACUUAUUAAUACAAGGUCAGAAAAUGAAAGUCUCGUGAAAGAAUUAAAAAAAGAGCAAGAACGAGUAUCUGAAUUAGAAGUAACAAAUUCUUUGAUUGAAAACUUACUGAAAGAAAAAGAGCAAGAAAAAGUACAGAUGAAAGAGGAAUCCAAAAGAACAGUGGAGAUGCUUCAAACUCAAUUAAAGGAGCUGAAUGAGACAGUGGUUUCCUUGUGUAAUGACCAAGAGGACUAUAAGACCAAAGUGCAGAAUCUGAGUAGUCAAGUAGGAACUCUUGAACUUGAGAAGGCUCAGUUGCUACAGGACCUUAGUGAGGCCAAGAAUAAAUAUAUUAUUUUUCAGUCGUCUGUAAAUGCCCUCACUCAAGAAGUAGAAGCUGGCAAACAGAAACUAGAGAAGAGGGAAGAAGAUGUCAGGACACUGGAAACUCAACUGAAAGGUCGAGAGCAGCUUGAGUGUAAGCUUUCCCAAGUGGAAGGAGAGCAGCAGCUCUGGCAGAAGCAGAAACUAGAGCUAGGGAAUCUGACAGUGGAGCUGGAACAAAAGGUCCAAGUGCUGCAAUCUAAAAACAAUGCUUUGCAGAACACCUUUGAAGCAUUGCAGAAUUCCUACAAGGGUCUAGAAAGUGAACUUACAUUGAUGAAGAUGGAGAAAAUAGCACUUGUUAAAAGAGUUAACACAAUGGUUGAGAAGGAAGCAGAGCUACAGAGGGAACUGCAUGAAAUGGUACAGGAAACAACAAGGAUGAAAGAAGAAUUCAAUGAAGAGAAAACUAAGCUAACGGAAGAAUUAAAAGCGCCGAUGGAAGAACUAAAGAAUAUCAAAGUAGUCCACCAUAAAUAUGUGAAUCAGGUUGAGAAGGAAUAUCAACGUGCUCAAGGGAAAAUAAAGUUGUUGCUCAAAUCCUGUAAACAGUUGGAAGGAGAAAAGAAAUUGUUGCAGAAAGAGCUCUCCCAGCUUGAAGCUGCACAGAAGAAGAGAGCAAGGUCUUUUGUGGAUGAUAAUGUACACGAAUUAAUGGCUGAGAACAAAGAGCUGAAAGAGACUCUUGAAGAAAAAAACAAGGAAGCAGAUAAGUACUUGGAUAAGUACUGUUCCCUGCUUAUAAGCCAUGAGGAGUUAGAAAAAGCCAAAGAGAUAUUGGAAAUACAAGUUGCUCGGCUGAGUUCACGGCCAUCCAGGCAGCACCAGGGCUCUCCUUUGCUGAACUCUUCACUUCCAGGACCAUCUCCAACUGCUUCUGUCAGUGAGAAGAAGUCAGCAUCAGGCCAAAAUAAAACUUCAUGCAAGAGGCAAAGGUCUAGUGGAAUUUGGGAGAAUGGUAAUGGGACAACACCUUCUACACCAGAGACAUUUUCUAAAAAGAGCAGGAAAGUGGUCAGUAGUAGUAUUCAUCCUGCUGGCCAUGAGGAAGAGACUGAGAUUGAGCCAGAAGGACUCCCAGAAGUUGUUAAGAAAGGGUUUGCUGACAUCCCAACAGGAAAGGCGAGCCCAUAUAUCCUACGGAGAACAACCAUGGCAACCAGGACCAGCCCCCGCCUUGCUGCACAGAAGUUAGCGGGAUCCUCCCCAACUCUGGGCAAAGAAAAUGCUGCAGAGUCCUCAAAACCAACAGCUGGUGGCAGCAAAUCACAAAAGGUUACAGUUGUUCAGCAGAGCUCAGUGGAUUCACACACUGCCUUCCCAGAACUCCCAGCCAAGUCUCUCACAGCCAGUAAUGUUCUUAGGAGAAACUCUGCAGAGAGCCCCAGGGAGGGCCUGAGGGCCAAGCGGACCUUCCCUGCCUCCAGCCCAGCAGCUGGACCUAACUCUGCCAGCAAGGAAGACUGCCGGGUCCAGUGACGUGCCAGGCAUCUGGAAGGUGGCAGUAUUCAGAGGAGCCUGUCCGGUGGAGACUUGUCUUGAGCUAAGAGCACUUUAUUAGUAGGGAAUAACGGACUCUGUGCUCUAGGUGUGGUCUUCAGGUCUCCCUAUGUGUGACUGGAAAAGUUUGGAAGCACCUGUUGCCUUAUUCUUAACCACGAUCGUAAACGGUAGUGGAUAGAGUUGAGAAUUCGCUGCAGUUAAAUGAAAGCACUGUAAUGAUUUGUUUGUGUGUGGGUUUUACAUUUAGACAGUCCUGCAGUGGUUUGAUUUAGGAUCUUCCUAAAUUGUUAGACAGGACAUAGUUGUAGAUAAAGACUUUGAGCUAAGUAAAAUGAGGAGAGCCUGUGUACAUGUGGUACAUUCAUUCUUUCUGUGUGUUUCAAACUUCCUGCUCAUAUAACCUGUAUAUAAGGUAGGGUCAUUGGGGUGUAUAUUGCUAGUUAGUCUGAUUGUUGCAGAUACCUUUGUAGUGGUGUACAUCAUGUUUGCUGUCGCUGUUUCUGUGUUAUCAUUGUUCUUUUGCUCUGCCUGUUGAUUUAUUAAAAUAUGCUCUCAUAAAAACCUUCUUUUUGUAAAAAUUGUUUCCUAAAUGUAAAAACAUUGUGACUGGUGGCACUGUCUUGUUGACUAAAAUCACCUCCCAUAAAACUUAACAUGUUUGAACACAUGAUACAUAUCUUUGAAUACAUGAUAUGAGUAUACUUACUGAUCAUGAGACAUACUUUAGAAUGUUGGUCAUAAGAUUGUU